UGGCCAAUUAUUCCAAGGGGAGGACUUGGGUGGUGAGGGGCGGGCGCGAUUGAUGUAGAAGGGGCGGAUGGAGAACAGAACGUGACGGACUUCAAUUAUCUUCGGACAGGUGGCCAUGACCUCACUACCUGCUCGAAACCCCAGGGUCCCUGACUUGUUUUCUGGGCUGCCGGCAGCAGCCACAACUCCAGCUAACCAGAGCACAGAGGCCUCGCCGGGCAACGGGUCAGCAGCAGGCCCGGGCACGCAGGCCAUCACGCCAUUCCAAAGCCUGCAGCUUGUGCAUCAGCUGAAGGGGCUGAUUGUGCUUCUCUACAGCGUCGUGGUGGUCGUGGGGCUGGUGGGCAAUUGCCUGCUGGUGCUGGUGAUUGCGCGAGUGCGCCGGCUGCACAACGUGACCAACUUCCUCAUCGGCAACCUGGCCCUGUCAGACGUGCUCAUGUGUGCCGCCUGCGUGCCGCUCACGCUGGCCUACGCCUUCGAGCCACGCGGCUGGGUGUUCGGCGGCGGUCUGUGUCACCUGGUCUUUUUCCUGCAGCCGGUCACCGUCUACGUGUCGGUGUUCACACUCACCACCAUAGCAGUGGACCGUUACGUCGUGCUGGUGCACCCGCUGCGCCGGCGCAUCUCGCUGCGCCUCAGCGCCUACGCGGUGCUGGCUAUCUGGGCGCUGUCCGCGGUGCUGGCGCUGCCCGCCGCCGUGCACACCUACCACGUCGAGCUCAAGCCACACGACGUGCGCCUCUGCGAGGAGUUCUGGGGCUCCCAGGAGCGCCAGCGCCAGCUCUACGCCUGGGGGCUGCUGCUUGUCACCUACCUGCUCCCCCUGCUGGUCAUCCUCCUGUCUUAUGUCCGGGUGUCGGUGAAGCUUCGGAACCGCGUGGUGCCGGGCUGCGUGACCCAGAGCCAGGCGGACUGGGACCGUGCGCGGCGUCGCCGCACUUUCUGCUUGCUGGUAAUGGUUGUGGUGGUGUUCGCCGUUUGCUGGCUGCCGCUGCAUGUCUUCAACCUGAUGCGGGAUCUUGACCCGCAAGCCAUCGACCCCUAUGCCUUUGGGCUGGUGCAGCUGCUCUGCCACUGGCUCGCCAUGAGCUCUGCCUGCUACAACCCCUUCAUCUACGCCUGGCUGCACGACAGCUUCCGCGAGGAGCUGCGCAAGCUGUUGCUCACCUGGCCCCGCAAGAUCGCACCCCAUGGCCAGACCGUGACCGUCAGCGUGAUCAUCUGAUGCCACUGUGCCAGGCCUGGGCUGCAGAGUUCCAGGUUCUCUGGCCUCCAAGGUUGGACUGGAGACCUUAUUUCCAGAGCUAAGCCAACACAAGGGAAAAAUUUCCAACCCAGACUGUUUGUCUAGCGUCCUAUCUUGUUCUUGUGUCUUUUAAAAUGUUAAGUGG